CAACGCCUCUCGCCACCAGCACCGCCACCGCCGCCGCGCUCCUCCUCUCUUCUCCGAUGGAGCGGCCGCAGUGGAGCCUCUCCGACUUCGAGGUCGGCAAGUUCAUCGGCGAGGGCAAGUUCGGCAAGGUCUACCUCGGCCGGGAGAAGCAGAGCGGCUACGUGGUGGCGCUCAAGGUGAUCUUCAAGAGGAAGCUGGAGAAGUACCGGUUCCACGCGCACCUGCGGCGGGAGAUCGAGAUCCAGCGCGGCCUCGACCACCCCAACGUGCUCCGCCUCUUCGCCUGGUUCCACGACGCCGACCGAGUCGUCCUCGUCCUCGAGUACGCCGCGCGCGGGGAGCUCUACAAGCUCCUCCGCAGCGUCGGCCACUUCUCCGAGCGGACUGCCGCCACCUAUGUUGCAAGCCUUGCUGGUGCUCUGGCAUACUGUCACAAAAAGCAGGUAAUUCACAGGGACAUCAAGCCGGAAAAUUUGCUCCUUGAUAUUGAGGGCCGGCUUAAGAUUGCUGAUUUCGGAUGGGCAGUUAGAUCAAAUGCUAAACGCCACACACUAUGUGGUACAAUCGAUUACCUGGCACCAGAGAUGGUAGAGAAAAAGGCUCACGAUUAUGCCGUUGAUAACUGGACAUUAGGAAUCCUGUGCUAUGAGUUCUUAUAUGGCUCACCACCUUUUGAAGCUGCAGAACAGAAUGAUACCCUGAUGAGGAUCGUUAAAGUGGACUUGCUGUUCCCUUCGACUCCUUGCAUAUCUGCAGAUGCCAAGGAUCUCAUUUGCAAGCUGCUAGUGAAGGAUUCAAGCAAGAGGAUCUCUCUUGACGAUAUAUUGAAGCACCCGUGGAUUAUAAAGAAUGCAGAGCCUUCAGGGAGUAUAAGCCCCUCAGAAAGAUCCUGAGAGACUCGUGCGUUGUUGCUGUCGCUGGGAGCCGGCCCGGAUAUUUUGGGAAGUGCUUGUUUGAUGACACGUCAAACGUGCGUACAAGCGUUCAGUUAGCGUGAUCUACUUUCUCCAGAGAUUUGUUUUAACUUAGUAAUACCCAUAUACCCUCUUGGGGGUUGAUCAGAUCAGAGUUCUGGCCAGUUCAGUGUGCGCAUGUAAUUGCGUUGUUCUCG